AUGGAUUUCAACAGUCUGAAAGACCAGGUGACCAACCUAACGCUAUACGAUCUUAAGGCUGGUGUUCGCAAGGUUCAGAAUGCUGUUAUGAAUUACACCGAGAUGGAAUCUAAGGUGCGAGAAGCUACUAAUAACGAACCAUGGGGCGCCUCGUCUACUCUUAUGCAGGAAAUCGCCAAUGGCACCUUUAACUACCAAACUCUCAACGAAAUUAUGCCCAUGAUCUACCGUCGUUUCACCGAAAAGGCCGCCGAAGAAUGGAGGCAAAUAUACAAGGCGCUUCAACUUCUCGAAUUCUUGAUCAAGCACGGCUCGGAACGAGUCAUCGACGAUGCGCGCGGCCAUAUAACGCUAUUAAAGAUGCUACGGCAAUUUCACUACAUCGAUCAGAACGGCAAGGACCAGGGCAUCAACGUCCGAAAUCGUGCAAAGGAACUUGCGGAACUCCUAGGUGACGUCGAUCGGAUCCGAGCAGAGCGGAAGAAGGCCAGAACCAACAAGGCCAAGUACACGGGAGUCGAAGGCGGUACUAUGGGAGGUUUCUCUGGUAGCAGCCGUUUUGGGGGAUUCGGUAGCGAGUCGGGCAACUAUGGCGGGUACUCAGGCGGUGUAUACGGAGAUGGUGGCGGGUUCGGAGGCCAGUCUGAUGACUGGAAAGAUACCAGCGCUAGUCGUGCAGACAAGUUCGAAGAAUAUGACGAGUUCGAUGAAGGAUCUGCGCCGUCGAGCUCGUCUCGAGCGAAGCGACCCGAGCGUAAUGAAAGGAUGGGCGUCAAGAAGACCGUCGAACCUGCAAAGAAAAAAGAGCCCGAGGUUGACCUCUUCUCUUUUGACGACCCUGCUCCUGCGGCGACCGCCUCUACGGCUACUCCAUCGAAUGGUUCUUCUGGACUGGCUGCUCUGUCGACGGCCAACAACGAUGACGACGAUUUUGAUGAUUUCCAAUCGGCAACGCCCGCACCUUCAAACAACGUCGGUAUCCCGCCUAUGGUGACGUCGAACGCUCAUUCCACCGCCCAGUUCGCUGCGCCAAAGCCUGUGUCCGGGCCCCAGCAAGCUAACCUUAGCGACAUGAUGUCGUCGAUCUCACCUCCCGCAAGCACCACCACGACACCUGCAGCUAACUACUCGUCUUUCAGCAUACCGACAGCCGCGAGUAUGUCUGCACAAGCGCCAAAGCCGAUGACUAGCUAUCAAGCGGCAACUCCUAAUUAUUAUCAGUCCGUCCAAGCCCAGCCGACGGGUUCAUCAAUCUCUGGGGUAUCGUCCGCAACUGGUGUUUCCACUUCAUCCGGCCUAUCAGCGCUUAACAAACCAGCAGCCCCGGCGACGGCUAAGCCCACCGCCGGUGGUGACCCGUUUGCGAAUCUCUGGGGCCAAGCCGGUAACGGUUUGAAGAAAGCGAGCACACCGACUGCAGGACCGAAGAUGGGUCAGCUCGCCAAGGAGAAGACCAGCGCAUCACUCUGGGGGGCGCCGGCAGCAGGCACGCAAAAACCUGCAGGUAGUUCACAAGCAGGCGGAAGCAGUGGCUUGGACGACUUGUUGGGUUAG